ACUGCUGUUGGUUAUUUCGGACUCAUUAGUUUAGAUUAAUGCUGCAUUUAUAAUAGACAAGAAAGUAACAGUACCUAUUGAUCUGUGCGAAAUUGUAUUAGUUUGUUUUAGGGGAUUCCUGAAAACUUUUUUUAGUUGUUAGUAAUUUGAUCUCCCUCUAUAAUAGUGGUGUCAUUGGUAAAUAGGCCUAAUACUUGACGGCCCAGCGUAUAGAUCGACAACAGAAAUGUCUCGAAUAAGUUUUAUAUUAAUAUUAUUAUUACUAACGGCUAAGUCACAUGUAUCGUAUAUUUAAUCAGAGGAAGAUGCGAGUGAAAUAUUUUGUUCAAGAUGGAACAAGUGUAUUCUGAAAUGUUCAACUUUUCUUUAUAAUAUUAGUGUGGAUCAAAACAUUCCUUUGUGCACAAUGAAAUAUUAACCUGGAACCUGUACAUUGAGACAGAGAUAAGGCAUCAAAAUGAGGGUUUGUGCAGCAGGUUCUUGUAAAAGUAACUCUGAAUUAAAUUUAGGAUUACUUUUUCACCCUCUUCCUAAAGAUGACUUUGUGAAAGAUCAAUGGAUUGAUUUGCUUGACAUAGAUGAUUCCAAAAUAUCUGAUCAGACUAGAGUGUGUUCUCUACACUUCAAAUCAAAAGAUUAUGGAACUGUCAAAAGAAACUUAAAAGCAAGUGCAUUGCCAUCUCUAUAUCUUUCAAAGGAGAAAUCUGUUCCUGCUGUAGAUGUUUUUGAUAACACAGGAGAAUAUGAUGAUAUUGAAGGAAAGAAAGGGGAAAAUAAUUCUGAAAGUGAUAAACAGAGCUCAGAUAAGGAUACCCACCAAGUUACCACUGAAACAAAGAAGGAAGAAGAGAAACCAGUUAGAAGAGCAUCUCGUAAAGCAGCUCUUCUUGCUGCUGAAAAAAUUCAGCGUGCUGUGAGGGAGUAUGGACUACUGGAAGGUGUAAGAAGUGAAACACCAGAGCCAGAACCCAAGAAGGAUUCUACAGUAAAACUAAGCCUCUCUAAAGCAUUGAAGGUAGAAUUAAUAAAAAAACAACAAUUAAAUAUGACACCUACAAUGUUACCUAGUAAAAACAUUAUUAGACCCAUUACAGUAGGCUAUUCGCAUGCUGAACAGAAUGCUCUCUAUAUGGAGUGCUUUGAAGAAGUCCUUUCUCCAGUACAAGUUGCAGCCUGUCGACAAGCACAGCAAGAAUAUGAUAAAGUAAUGAAAUACAUCCUUUCACGAAGGGCCUCCAAAAAUGAGAAAGUAAAGAUCAUAUAUACUUCACAUGAAGGUGAGGUGCUCAGUAUUGGACAAGUAGGAGAUUCUGGUAAUCGAAUUACAACUAGUCCUUUGACAGGUGGAGGGAAAAACAUCCCAACUAGCAUUGUUACAAGACCUCUGGCUUUAGAGGGUCCACAAAAUGCUAAACCAUCAUCAGUUCAGACCAUGAGUGGAGAAAACAGUUCUUCUAAGCUUCUAGUUGAUACAACUACAGGAGUAAUAAUGGGGUCAUUACCAAAGGAUAUCACCAUACUUCAGCCUUCUACAGGGCAAAAUAAAACUACAGUAACAGAAGCAGCUCAGAGAAGUGUUAUGACACCCAAGCAAGAUGUUGGAAGUGGUCAGUUGGAAAAGCCACCCCAAUUACACACAACUCUAAUUCAAGGUUCCAGUAAAGCUAUUUCUGCUCAUUCCUUAAUGGACAUCAAACCCAGACCUUUAGCCCAAGUUAACCCUUAUAAAGUAAAAGAAAGUAUUGACAAAUUGAAAAAGAAGCUGGCAGAGGAAGAGUGUUUCCAAGAGCCAGUGUUUUGGUUGGUUAGUCUGAAAAUGCUACCUGAUAAUCCUUUAUGUUUGGCUUGUACAAAAAGCUCUUUAGACCUUGUUCCUGAUUCAGAAAGUAUAGAUGGAUAUAUCUGGAAAUGUGGCAAUCAGAGAUGUUGCAAAAAAUCCCAAAUAGUUCGACCAAAUUUUUUUGGGAGGUUUGGAAUACCCUUGGCUAAGCUUUUGCAGUUGACCUAUCACUGGGCUGUUCAGUCAGAUCUCCAAAAUAUCUUGGAUGAAGUAAAUGUAGAUGUGUAUAUGGCAAGGUCAGUGUGGAGAGCUCUACAAGAGGUAUGUGCUAGGGCACUUGUACUUAAGUCAAAAAAACUAGGAGGCCCUGGUACCACAGUUGAAAUUUCUUUUGCAUAUAUGGGAAGAUUUAGCAUACUUGGAGCAUAUGAUCGAGAAAGUGGAAAAGUUCGUAUGAAAGCCAUUUCAUCAGCAAUGGGCUGGUCUGCAUCUGUUUACAUAAGAAGUUUGGAACCAUGGUUGUUACCCAGUUCUGUAAUAGUGUCCUCAGAGGAGAGAUUGAAAGAUAUUUCUAAAGCUGGUCAUACAUUCCUCGUAGCUACUGGAGCUUCUUCUACACAAGAAGGAGAACGUAGUGUUUGGAACAUUAAGAACUAUCUCCAUGUUCAGCUUAAUGCAAUGUUUGGAUCAUUCAUUGUAGCCCAUCUAAAACUCGAGACUGUACAAGGCUAUCUUGAUGAAAUUCAGUGGAGAGAGAGGUUUGGUACAUGUCCUAAUGAUGCUUUUUGGAAUAUUGUUACAGAGAUUGGUGAGCAAAAUGGAAAUAAAAUUUCCUCAAUUGGUCUUGAAACAAAACAAAACCAGCUCCCUGAAAAUGUGAUUACCCUGAUUGGAGAGAAAAAUGAUCUAAAAUAUCGAAGAGAGUAUAAAGGACAAGUAAAACGUCCAGCUGAAAGCCCAGUACAAAAAGCAUCACCACCAACACCACCACCACCACUACCAAAGAAAUCAAAACCUGAUGAAACUGUUUAUGUAAUCCUUUCUGAAUAUUACUAUGCGAAACAAGAAGGAGAUAGUGAGGCAAUAGAAAAAGAAUCAAAAGAAAAUAUUAACUUCAAGUGUCAUUUUUGCAAGAAGCUAAUAGAGAACAAUAUUAAAUUAAUGAAGCACAUGAACUGUCACAUUGAGAACACACGACAGAAAAAUCCAGACUUGAGUGACCUCACACAGUGCAAGUACUGCUUCAGAGACUUUGAGACACCCUUCAGUAUGCAGUGCCAUGUUGAUGCGGUGCACAUGAAGACUGACACUUUAACAUGUCAAAUUUGUAACCAAGCUUUCUCAUCUAGAGGAACUCUUACUGCCCACAUGAAAGCUUUACAUGUAGAGUGUGAAAUGCCAUAUAUUUGUAAGGCUUGUGGGUUCAGGUCUUCAAUGCAUCAGCAAGUGCUAGAACAUUUCGAACAGGUUCACAAUGGCUCUGACAAAUUGCUGUGUCACUACUGCUUGAAGGUGUUCAGUGCUCGUUUAUCUCCUGUUCAGAAGACUGGGAUGACCCAGAACUUCUUCCUUCAUCUUCAGAAACAUCAGCUAAAGUCUCAAUCUCGCAAGUGUCCAGCAUGCUGCUUGGUUUUCGUUAAUUAUAACCACAUCAAAACACACCGAGCUGUGGAUCAUGUUAGCAUGGCUGAAGCACAUGGUGUAAUCCGAAUGAAGUGUGAGAAAAGUGAGAAAGAUGUAGUGGUGAAAGAUCCACACGUAAAAACAGUCAAAAUGAGUAAAAGUAAAAUAUCUCCUGUAACGAAAGAAGUGAGUUCUUUUUCACAGCCAUCUGUUAUGUUCAAAACAUCAGAAGAGAAGUACAUGAACAUUGUUUUUGUGGAUGACACAUCUCAUUUGCACUGCAUAGAGUGCAAGGGUAGUGUUGAUGGUGAACAUUUCAGGAAGUUUAUGAGCUGUAGCCAGUGUGGAUAUGCCACAAAUUGUGGCAAAGCUUUUGUAAACCAUAUGGUUGUUCACAACUCCAUAUCAAGCAAGAAGAGAUCUUCAUUAAUUAACUUGAAGCCAAUCUAUUGUCAAGGGCCAAUGUUCUGUAUUUGUGGAUACAACACUAUAAAUGGAAAUGAUAUAGCUCAACAUUUAGUUGUAUGUGGUAAGAGAUCCUGCUAUCCUAGCCGGGCCAAAGCAUUAGCAGCCACCAUCAAACAGGAACCAGACAGUAUUCGACUUCAGCCACAGUCUGCUUUCUUCCCACCAUUGGUGGUGUUAGAUGCAAAUGAAGAAGAAUCUAUUAAUGAAAGUUUUGCACGAGUUCAAACAUGGAGGAGUACAACUUCAGAAAAUGAAGUAAGCAGUGAACCUAAAGAUAAUGUAUCUCCUCCUGAGAAAGUUUCAUCUGUUCCCAAACCAGAGAGCUCAAACGAACAGCCUCUGCACAUGCUUAACGUACUUGGCCUUGUUCGGAAACCACCUUCUACAGCAGGAAAAGAGAAAAAGAGCAGAUGUAGUAAGAGUGCUUUAUCAGAAACUGCAAGCAUGGGUACUGAGAGUAAAGAAAGCACUCCUAAAGACUCAGAGAAGCCCUCACUUGGUGUAGAAAGUGACAUAGACUCUCCUGAUAAUGAAGGUGAAAGAAAAGAAAAUGAAACUAAUAUUAAAACAGAGGAAGCACCUGUCAUAGUUUUUAAUUAUUCUGGAAUUGAAGCAAAAGAUCUUCAACUUCCUGCAACUAAUAAAGCUGAGAAAGUUACACCUGUGUCAGUUAUGAAUACAAAUAGUCCUGACCUGCUGGAAGUGAAUCCUGAUAUGCAUACAGAUAGUAAAAGACAAGAAAUUUUGACUACAGAAAUGAAAAACCUUUCUGAUAUCACUGAAAGAGAGCUGGAAAAUAUUACUGCUACCGAUAUGAAUGCUUUUAGAAGAGAAAAAGAGCUAACAGAACAUUUUAGCACUUGUGACCCUGAUGAAGUUGGACUGAAUAGUUUUGUUGAUGUGGAUACAGGAGAAAAAGGUGGGAAAGAACUCUCUAAUGUUAGUAUCAAGGAAAAUAAUACCUAAAGCGAGUGUUGUAGUUAUUAAACUCGAUGAAGGUAGUAAAGAGUUUAAAAUUGUUUGGUAGAAAAUCCAUAAAAUUGGUUGAAUAUCAAUUUUUUUGUAUUAACUGCACUAAAAGAAUCAAUAAAAGUGUGGGUAUUAUUUUCUAAAGACAACAAUCCUUGUUUGAACCUUGUUUGUAGUAUAUCUCAGUUUGCCAUCAACAUGGUGCAUUACCCUUUUAUUGUGAUGACAUAGAAUACAUAUAACAAUGACUGGUUCUACUGGAUGAGGUAUUGUUUGCAUGUGUAUACAUACAUACAUAUAAGCACUUAACCUCAAAUUCAUGGAAACUGACACCAACCAGUAAAGAACUGUACUGUCCUUGAUGUAUGUGUGUGUUAAUUAAUUUUUGCUUUAACCAGUUUGUUGCAUGAAACAAACUUUUCAACUAAACUAGCAUGAAAACAUUAUGUUAGACAUAUUUAAGUAAAUGUAGGUGAAGGAUCAUUCUAAAAAUUAUUCAAACUUAUUAGUUUAUAUUUGAAAGUGUUCACAGCAAUAGGUUGUCAUUCAAAAGCUUUUGGAAAAACAUUUUAGUGUGACAAUUGUGUUCAGCACGAGGCUUAUCUCUGGUUAAAGAAUUGUCACUGGAAAUGAAGUUGAGUUUCUCAAAGACAUAAAUUUUGUUCACAGGAGUAAUGAAGUGGUAUGUAAUAAGUACAUUGUUAAAUAACAAUAAUAUACUUUAUCAAUAAAUUCUCAACUUUUGUUUACAGUGAUUAAAACUAGUAUUGUAACAACAUGUAGAAAUUAGAGAUUUGAAUAAAUAACAGUCACUUUGCCAUUAAAUCCCACAACAUAAUAAUAUCAUGUUCAUGACUGCAUAUUAACACUUAAAACCAGUGACCUGAAGAUUGGAAGAGAAGGUAGCUCAGACUUUUGUCAAACUCUGAAAUAAUACUUAAAAUCUGCAUAAAUUUGAAGUUACAUAAAAACCAGUUUUCUGGACUAGUCUGAGUGUUGACAAAACAUUGACUCUCCUAUGUCAAAAAAUCCCAGGUAAAGUUGUCAUACUACCCCAAAUGUUGCUUUAUUCAAGCCCUUGAUAAUCUACCAUUUUUGGUAUUUUCCCAUAGUAUGUAUAAAAGGUAAAGCUAAAAUUUUUGUUUGCUUUAUAAACAGUUUUUGUUUCAUUUUGUAAUUACCUUAUGAACAAGGAAAAAGAGAAACAAGUGGAGCAAUUGAAAUUUUUAAACAGUUUUUGUUCCAUUCUGUAAUUACCUUAUAAACAAGUUGUACAAUUGAAAUUUUUACUUUACCCUUUUAAAAUUAACGAGUCUGGUGAAGUUUUCCAUUCUUAUAUACUAGAAUAUUUGUUGUACUGUAUUCUGUUGUUGUAUUUAUGGGAAAAAGAACUACUAAGAUGAUAAUUAAUCUUUAACAGGUUUUUAUAAGAUUAGGAAUAUUAAUCUAUACAGCUUGUUGUACUAGAAUGCCAUACUUUUUUAUACAUCAAGAAUAUUGUGACCAAUCUUUGCUACUUAAGAAAAAUAACUCUUAAAGUGGAAUAUAUUACAGGUACAAGUCUUGUUGAACUCGGUAUUGAUUUUUUUGUAAAUGUCUGUAUUUGCAAUAUUUCAGUAUUUGUGUAUGUUUUGUGAAAUAUAUUGAAUUUUGUAUUUGUAUAUUAUUAUACUUUUUUUACCUAUUUUGUGUGGUAGGAUUUGUUUCUUGAUAUCAAACAGUGAUAUUGAAAUUGAUCGAGAGGUAAGAGAAUUAAUCGGCAUGUGUUAGAAAAUUUCAUAUCUAUUUAGACGUUUUACUAAACUUCUGAUUUCAUGUAUUCAUUGUGAACUGAUCAAUAAACCAUUGCUCAGUAAUAUUUUUUAGUAUGUUUGAACCAAAACAGAUUGAGAAAUUUUCAUUGAAUUUUACAGUUCAUGAAAUGUUGUAGUCUUAACAUGCUUUAUAUUUUUUAUUGUUUUUCCUUAUCUGUUAUCUUGUUCAUUAAGAAAUAUAGAUGGUAAAUUAAGUCGAUUUUAGUCAUUCAUUGAGAAAAAAAGAACAUGAAUAUUUAGUGAGCCAUUUUGAAACAGUAAAAAUUAAUAUAUACUUAUUUCUCGUUGCAUAUAUUAGUAAGGUGUAGUUGAAGUGUUGACUGACAAUGUAGUAACUUCAGCAGGGGGAAAAAAUAUUUUGUGAGAUAGAAAAAGUGUUUUAAUACAUACAAUCUCUGUUUUUCCUUUACAUAAAUCAGUUUAGAAAACAUAGCAAAAUAUUAUGUAAUUUAUUUUAAUAUUCGUUUUUAAAUCUAGCCAAACUGUUUUGAAUAUGUUUAUUCGGCUGAAAAAGAUAGUUAUGCUUAUCAUGCUAUAUAAUUAUUGAGAGGAUGACUAGAGCAAGGCUAACAAUACAUUAUUUUCUUUUUCAUUUUGUACUUGUUAGAUUGAUUACUAAGUCAAACGUUUUUUUCCUGUAAAAAUUACAGUUUAAGUUCCGAUUUCAUAAUAUUUACAUUAAUACCCAGAAACCAGAUAUUAUUCACAUGUUGUGAACCACAAUUAAGAAGAAACGUUUUGGAAAUUUCCAAAUAAUGGUUGUGACACUGUGGUAGUAAGUACUUUAUGCUUGUUGAGACAGAAUUUUUCCACUUAUUUUGUAGGCUGUCUAACAUUGGAAGUUUUAAGAAUUUCAGACUUUUAAAUGUGAGCUGAAAUAGUUAUUUGACAUAACAGUGAUUUCACAUAAUUAUACUUUAUAUAAGUAUACACAUAUAUAUGAAUACAUACACACAAACUUUCAACCAUCUGGAGAGUCUGUAUUUGUAGUUUGGACCAUAGGCCUUAUAUGGUGAGUAAUUGGCAUUUUUAUCAUUAGUGUUAGUUAAGAUUUCCUGUGGUUCUUCCUAUUGUACUAAAGUAUUUAUUCAAGACCCAGUAUUUUCUUUAGUAGAUCACUCUUUUCAACCACCUAAUCUUCCUCGAAUGACUCGUGACCAUUUAGAAGAUUAUUUGAAGCUUACUUUAAAAAGAGAGAGAAAUAAAUCAGUGGGGUGAAAACUAAUUUUUAAUUUUGCUGAUUACAUGCAUCCAUUGAAAAUGGUCCAUUAAUUAUCUCCUAGCUAUAGUUUAAAUAUGUGGAACCCAAAGCUAUCUAAUAGAAGAUUUAAGAGUAGUACUACAAACAUGUUAUAGCUGAAAUAUACAUUAAGUAUUAAUAUGAGUUUUGAUGGAAGACCACUCAAACUGCAAAUUUUUAAUAGCAAAACUAUAAAUUGUUUAAAAAAUACAACAUGGUAUUAAAAAACUUGCACUAAAUAUCAGAAUAUACAAAAAAAUUUCAAUAUUAUUACAAGAACAAAAAUUAGUUAAUAUAAUACUAAUAGUUAUUGAAAAAAUAAAAUCCUUACGGUCAUAUAGAUCAUUCCUAGUAGUUAAGGGUAAAUUGUUGGUUAACUGGGAUUAUUGUUUUUCUCCUGGUUGAAGUUUUAAAGGUGAAUAUAUUUUAGUGUUUUACAUCAAAAUAACUUGCAACUACACAAAGUACUUACUUGUUUGUAACUGUGUAAACAAUUCAAUAAAACAGGUUAUGAAAUACACAGUAACUAGUUAUUAAUUUACUUGCCAUUAGAGAUUAGUAUUACAUCUAUUAUGUUUUUAACAGUGCAUUCUGUAUCUAGUCCCUUAGGGAUUUUCAAGAAUUCAAAGAGUGUAUAAUAAUAGUAUUCCAACCACACUUUGUUCGUGUGUUGUGCUCCAGCCGUUUGAUGAGCUCUCGACUGAGCGAAACGCGUCAUUUGCAUUGGAUACGGUGAACAUAGUGUGGUUGGGCCAGAAACAGAUGUGGUGUUAAAAAUAUAAUUGGCCUAACACUAAUGUCUAAUGACAAGUAAAUUAAUAAUGAUCAUGUUUCGCCAGCUCGAAAAAGACGUUUACAUCAUAGAAAUUUUUGUAGUAGCUAUUUAUGUCACGUGCUUUUAUUCUGCUUCAAAAUUUUCGAUUUUCACAUCUGUUUAAAAUACAAUCUGUAAUAUGUCAGUACUAUUUAUGACACUUUUCUUAUUAUGACAUGGCAUAGAAAUAUUAUUUGAUUUCGUAUUUCUUCGAAAUGAAUAAGACUGAAUAAUCUCUACCGAUUACAUAACUUUGUAGCAGUUAGGAUGGACAAUACAGUUUAUUUGAAAAUAUCUGUCCGGUAUAUCACACUUUUAAUUUGAUGUGUAGAUUAGCUAUGACAAAUAGGAAAGGAUAAAUAAAAUCAUGUAUAGUGAAGUGUUACGUAGAACAUAAGUACUUUCGUAAUUUAUAUGUUCAUCUAAUUGCUACAGUCAGCUUCUGACUUGCAUGUACUCUAAGUUUUAAAAUUAUCCUAUGCUUGAUGUAAAAUUAAAUACAUAUUCUUUUGGUUUAA